AUGCUUCUGACUGCGGAUGGCGUCUGCAUCAGGGAGCGGGUGUUAUGUUCUCGCUGCGCCCGUCCUUGGCAGUCCAGUCGAUAUAAAACUUGCUCUCGCUGUCGGGAGCUGCAACGAUACCGGCUGUCCACGUCCAAAAUCCAAGCUCCCACCGCGGUGCCGUCUUCGCUUCCUGCUGCUCCUACUGUUCGUCCGUCGUUUACAGACGCCGCCCUUUCUGAACAGCGUGUGCUCUGUUCGGGCUGUGCGCGACCUUGGCAAUCUGCUCGGUAUAGGGUCUGUGAUGACUGCCGCCAUAAAGCUCGAAUGCGGCGGCGGCGGCAUCGUCCGCUGCCUGUACAUGCUUCGGUUAACCCUGACGCGCAAGGGGAGCCCCCGCUUCCUUAUAUCCGUCAACCGCCUAUUAUUCCAGUGCAACCAGUAUGGUGGAAACUCCUUGCCCAGGCUGCAGUCCGGCCCUUCUCUCAGGACUGGUCAAGGGACUACUCCUUCUGCGGUGUGCUCCUUCUUUCCACUGAGGCUGAUGGCUGGUGCUGUCGGCGAGGCCGCAGACGCUUACCUCACCUACCACCAUUCACGCCAGCUGUGCAGUCUCUCCUGGACCGGUAUCAAGGCAGUGUGUCUGCCAUGAGCCGUCGGCUCAAUAACCUGUUUGCCUUCUCCGCCAUCGGCACCACUGGCCAAUUCGUUCGAUUCCAAGGUCAAGCGAACGUGGUCCUAGAAGGCCGGAUCUACCACCGUUUGCUGGAUGUCGCGGAUAUGGGUCACAGCAUGCACUGGUUUCUUUAUGACGAGUCCGAACGAGGUCUACGGGCAAGGGAUCAUGACAUCCCUAAUGACAUUCUACAUGGGAUACGCGAGUUUCUCGGUCUGGUUAAUCCCUAUGUGCGGACCUUGCGGCACGCCGUCAGUCAGGUCCCGGACCAAACAGUCGCCCUCGCUGUUGAGCUCUCUAUCCCGCCUGCGGGUGGUGAGCUCGCUGCAGUUAUCACUACGGAAAAUCUCCGCCGCGUAGCCCCGCGACAGGUCGUCUUUUACAGAAAAGGUGGCCAGCAGCCACGGUUCGUUCCAACCCUGUCUUGCCAGUACGAGCCGCUGCAAUAUCCACUUCUCUUUCCACAUGGCACGCGAGGUUGGGGCUUUCUCGACGAGUCCCAGAAAAACAUACCUUGCACGCAGAUCCAAUGGUACCGCCACCUGUUCCUGGGCGAGCCACGCAUGCGGAUCUAUGGCCGUUUGGCGUGUGAAUAUGCUGUGGACAUGUUCUCGCGGACGGAGGAGGAGCGCCUGCACUAUCUCAAACGGGGCCGACGCAUGCAAGCUGCUGCCAUGGAUGAGGCUCCAAAUCCUGACAUCCCCGAUCUCUUCGAGAACAAAAUCCCUGCCGGUUUCAUGGGGUCCCGGGCCUGGGCUUCGGACCAGGUGGCUGACUCCCUCGCGAUCGCGCGACAGCUGGCCACGCCGUCACUGUUCCUCACCAUGACGACAAACCCUAACUGGCCCGAGAUUCAGUCCCAGUUGCUCCCAGGCCAACAUUUCACAGACAUCCCUGCGGUGGUGUGCCGUGCAUUCCACGGACGACUCUGUGGGCUGAAGGCCUUUAUGAGGGAGAAAUUUGGAGGCCUCCUGUACGAGAUAUGCGUUACAGAGUUCCAGAAACGGGGUCUACCACACGCGCAUCUGGUCGUUAAGCUCCAACAUGAAUUACCUUUGAGCCAACUAGAUGGCUUCAUCUGCGCCGAGUUACCAGAUCCGGACGAGGACCCUGCCCUACAUGCAGCGAUCGGCAGAUUCCACAUGCACUCACAGAACCACUUGGACCGGUCCACGUCACGCUGCAACCGAGACGGCCGCUGCAUUUACGAGUACCCUCAACCUAUCAACAACCAGACUUACAUGGAUGAUCUUGGUCGUGUCCAUUACCGCCGACGCAAGCAGGAAGAUCGAUGGGUGACUCCUCAUGUACCCGCCCUAGUGCACCUGCUCGACUGCCAUAUCUAUGCGGACGUGUGCUCUACAGCGACGAUCUUCCUUUACCUGUUUAAGUACCUCUUCAAAGGACCCGAUCGGGCGCGCUUUGGUAUUCGGGCCCUCCACGAUGCCCGGGCAGACGGUGAGGACGACCAAAUAGAUGAGUUCAGAGACUAUAUGAACGCCCGUUACCUCUCUUCGUCCGAGGCUGUCUACCGCAUCCUCAACUUCCAUACUGUCUCCAAACGUCCUGGCGUCCGCUGCCUCUCUGUCCAUCUGGAAGGCAAGAACUUAGGGAGGAUGCACGAUCGAAACCAACCGGGUCACUCCGAGAUGAGCGACCUGUUGUGGUACUUCAAACGCCCAUCCACAGAAACCUUCUCAGGCUUGAAGUAUACCGAGUUCUUCAGCCUUUACUACCUAGAGACGGUGCCCCUGGAUGUUCCACUACACCGAGGUCAGACCCUCAUUGCUACUGUCACCACCGAAAAGGGACCAUGCCAAAAGGUGUUACGCCGUCGAGUCCGCCAGCCUAUUAUCACCCGACUUCAGACCGUCCCACUUCGUCUGAAGGAAACGUUUUACCUACGCGCACUACUCCAGGUGCGGCCUACGAACAGCUUCGAAGAUGUCCGCACUAUCCGGGGGCACUGCUAUCCCACAUACCAGGAGGCUGCCACUGAGUUAGGACUCUUCCAGGAUAACCACGAGGCCGUGUACGCGAUGAAUGAAGCGAUCACAGCCUACAGCCGCCCGUCCCAGCUCCGCUUUCUCUUUGCCCAGCUUCUGUCUAACCUUCCAUUUCCAGCUGUGGAACUAUGGUCCCGCUUCCACGGCAAUCUCAAUGCUGACUAUAGACUACGUCACCCUACGGCCCACGCCACAGACCUUGCCUUGCAGGACCUGGCACGCUAUCUCUCAGCACAGGGAUCGUCCUUGGCACAGUGUGGCCUACCGGAGCCCGUUCAACGUUGUGCGGAGGUGGAUUUGGAACUUGCCUUCUUCCAGACCCAACUGGUAUCUAUCCGCGGGAGGCAUAAGGAGGCCUACGGUAGGAUGAACUCGGAUCAGAAAGGCAUCUUCGAUCAUCUCCUAGACCAAUCGGACAUUGGCGGCUGCUACUUCAUCGACGGCCGUGCGGGUCGCGGGAAGACAUUUUUGAUGAGCGCCAUGUGUGAUCGCAUUAGGGCAGACGAGCGCAUCGUAUGCGUGACUGGAACCACCGCCCUCAGUGUGAUCCAUUACGAGCGGGGUCGGACGGCCCACUCGGCCUUUGGCAUUCCUGUUCAGGAGUCUGACAUGGGCUUGGUGUCUAAGGUCAGUCCCCAGUCAGGUCGUGCAGAGCUCCUACGCCAGGCCUCGCUCCUGAUCUGGGAGGAGCUGCCGAUGGCGAAGAAGGCGGUCGUGGAGUGUGCAGACCAGCUCCUUCAAGAUAUCAUGAGGAAUGACCUGCCAUUUGGAGGAAAACUCUUCAUCGGACUAGGGGACUUUCGUCAGGUGGCACCAGUCGUCCGCGGAAGUUCUGGGCCUACAGCAACUCUCAACAGCUCUAUCCGCACCUCCACGCUCUGGAACCACUUUAAGGUCCUGCGGCUGACUACCCCGGUCCGACAGGCCGGGGAUCCGGUAUACGCAAGAUGGGUGGACCAGGUAGGAGAUGGUGUACACCCCUAUGAGACAAGUGUGCCACUGCAUCACUUGCAGCAUCUUGACGACCUUGACGCUGCGGCAGACUUCCUCUUCCCACAAGAUUCCGUCUCUACCUCCGCCGCUGCUGUCCAGCACGCAUUCCUUAGCCCGUUUAACGCGCGCGUUGAUCUGUUUAAUAAGCUCAUCUUAGAACGGUUACCGGGGCGUGCAGAAACCUAUUACAGUCAUGAUACGAUUAAAGAACUAGACGAUUCCACCUUCAAUCUCCCCACGGGUGCAGAGGCGGAUCUUCUCUCGGUAUUGAACGAGCCCGGAAUACCCCCGCAUGAGCUCUCACUCAAGAUUGGCGCCGUUGCUAGCGUGAUGCGGAAUCUCUCCAUCGAGAAAAACUUGGUCAAAAACGUGAGGGUCCAGGUGGUUAACCUGCUACCAAAUGUCGUGCAGGUACGGUUACUGCAACGAGCAUGCACGCCUGACACCGAGUCGCCGACGUUCUACCUGCCACGGAUCACAUUCGAGUUUCGGCCUCACCGCGCGAAUUGGACGGUGCAACGGCGGCAAUUUCCGCUGCGUCUAGCUUAUGCCACCACCUUCAACAGCUGCCAGGGACUCACCCUGGACCGGGUUGUGCUAGAUCUCACCCUGCCGGUCUUCGCCCAUGGCCAACUUUACACUAGCUUAUCCCGCGUCCGCUCUGCCGUAGACAUCCGUAUUCUCCGAGACCCAAAUGACAUAGAGCAAGACACCAUUAAUGUCGUUUAUCACGAAUUGCUACUGCCUCUGUGA